AUGGACGAAGAAAUCGUUGGUAACGGAAGAGUAAGCGAAACAGAUACGAACAUUGAAAUAUACGAGGAGCUAGAUAUGAAAGUAGAAGCGUUUGAUGCAUCGUAUCUUGAACAUGAAAGUGAACAGCAGGUCAUGGCGGAAGAAAACAAUAUGUCCUUUGCAGAACCAGUUGAGCAAAGAAAGCAUUUUAACGGUAAUAACAGACCAAGAGGACAGCUCACAAUGGGACAAAAACGCGAAAUGUGCAUAUAUAAAGAAGAAAAUCCCAAAUGCACCAUGCGACAUAUACAAGAACACUUCCAAGAAAAAUGGAAUCACCACAUAGGUCACUCUACUGUACAUGACAUUUUGAAGUUCAAAUCCAAGUACUUAAGUCUCCCAAAAUUGAGAGAAAAUUGCCGAAGACUAAGGAAAACAAGAAACUUUGAUAUGGAAGAGAAACUAUACAAAUGGAUUGUGGAGAAUAACAUGCGUGGAUUAGGAAUAACCAACACAGCAAUCAAAGAGAAAGCACAGUCUUUGGGAGAAGAAUUUGCUGUUGAUGAGUCUUUCUCUUACUCAAAUGGCUGGUUGCAUUGCUUCAAAAUUCGAUAUGGUCUAAACAAGAGAAAAAUCAGCACAGAAACCAGCCCAGUGGUUAUGGGAUCACAGGUUGAUUUCAUGAACCAACUCCUCAUGGAACUUAAAUUCUAUGACUUAAAUGAAAUUUAUUGUGUUGAGGAGGUUAAGCUUAUUUAUAACUUAAAGCCAUAUCAACAAACAAUCUCUAAUGCUACUGUUGUGGUUGGUUUGUGUUCAAAUGCAAAUGGGUCCAACAAAUUAAAACCAUUUGUUUUUGCUAAGCCAAUGGAUGCUAGGUUUAUUGGAGAGAGAUUUCAGCCUGACAAUUAUGCAUGGUUCCGAGUUGCCCCAGAUGGAGAUGCCAAUUCCUUCUCUGAUUGGAUCUGUGAAUUUGAUGAUCAGCUAGCUGGCAAUAAAAAGAAAGCUCUCCUUUUAUUGAAAUUCUCGAGACAGCAUGAAGAAAUAGAGAAUGGACUUCGAAGCAUCAAGCUCAUGUAUUUGCCAAAGAACAUGAAUGAAGUGAGUAUGAAUAAUCCAUUUGAUGCAGGGCUUCUCGAAGAAUUCAAGACAAGAUACAGAGGGAACUGCCUUCAGCAUUUUCUAGAGCAACAAUCGAAAGGAGAAGAGGAAAGUCUUGGGUUACGUGAUGCUCUACGAUUUAUUUAUGAUUCUUGGACCUCAAUUCCCCCACAGACCAUUCUAAAGUAUUGGCAGCAGUCUAAGCUAUUGUCAUCUGUUGAAGUACUGAACAUUCCAACAAACACAGGAGAUAAUGCUGGAGAUCUGGCCCAACUCUUGAUGCGGAAAAUCGAGGGAAGGAACAAAAUGCCUGUUGAACAGUAUCUUAGAUUUGAGGAAAUGAAUCAGAAGAUGUUACAGCAGGAUGAAUCUGGUACAGAAAAUAAUGGAUUGAAUAAUGGUGCUCCUAGUGAUAGUAGCAGUGUUUCAUGUUCAGAGGCGAAAGAGGGACUACUGAAGUGUAUCAGAUUCACAGAACAAACAGAAAAUGCUACCCAGAAAUUACAAACUAUGUGGAAUAUGAUGAAGUGGUUAGAUAAGCAGCAAUGA